AUGAAGGCAUUUGUUUGGUCUUCCCUACUUACCUUUGUCAGCGCCACUUGCACUGAUCACGCGGUAUGGGUUUCGCAAGACAGGACUCCAUUGGAGCAGUCCCUAGGUCGAGCCCUGCCCGGACUCGACCUUGAAAAACUCGAGGCACUAAACCCCUGGUACAGUCCCGGCAUUACUGUUCCAGGGAGGAUAUACAAAAUCCCUUACGACGAAAGUAUGACCAUCGUCCCACCAGCCUCUUGGGCCGGCGGUUGUCCCAAAACCCUAGUGCUUGACAGUAGAGAGAGGAAGGCAGAGGCCCAAUCUUCAGAACAGCUGGAACAUAUAGUCGCGCGUGCCAGCGCCAACGCAGAGGAACCUGCUCAGAAUAAUAUCAAGGCAAGGUCUAUUGGCGCCAGCGAUAACUCCAAGGGGACAAAAACGCCUUCUACAACUUACUCAAGCACAAAGGCAGCUCCGAAGACAAUGGGAACAGCCAAUGCAUUGUCCUGUUGGAAGGAAACCCACCCCACAGAAAAGUUUGAUUCAAGCCAAGACCUGAGGCUCGAAUUCAUCACAACGUUCUGCAAUAGGCUGAAGGAGGUCAGCCUCAACCCCCAGAGCCCGUUAAGGGAAUAUCCAUAUCAAGACACGUUGAUUGGGAUCAAUUUGCUGUCUUGCCCAAAGUACCACUUCGGUACCCGAGAAGUUGCUUCAUGCCACGAAGUCAUGAAGUAUAUCGACCACAAAUGUCCCGACUCUGGCGGAGUGUAUAGUACAUCUUGCUUGUUGUACUAUUUUGUGAAACGAGACGACAUCGUGUGGAACAGAUAA